AUGGAAAAUAAAAAUACAAAAAAAGUUUUAUUAACAUUUGGAUCAGAAUAUGGUACAGCUUAUGAUUGCUGUAGAAAUAUAUUUUUUGAAUUGUAUACACAUUUUGAUAUUGAUUUUUUUUGUUUAAACGAUGUUAAUUUAAUGAGUUUCUAUAAAUACGAAAAUAUUAUUAUAAUUGUUAGUACUACCGGAUAUGGUUUUUAUACACAUAAUAUGUCGAAGUUUUGGGAAUCUUUAUACAAUAACAAUGUUAUGUUUUAUGAAAAUAUUUAUUUUCAUUUAUUUGGUUUAGGUGACAGCUCAUAUGAGAAUUAUAAUAUGGUAGCUAAAAAAUUAAAAAAAAAACUAAAAUCAUUAGGUGCUAAUAUUGUUAAUUAUAAUUUAGGUAAUUAUCAACAUCCAUCUAUGCAUUUCACUAAUUUUAUUAUAUGGAAAAAUAAUGUAUAUGAAUUUUUUAGAAAAAAAUAUUUUUAUUUCGAAAUAAAUUAUGAUAUUCCUCAUUUAUAUAACAUAAAAUAUAUUUAUAAAGAUGAAGAUAUUGAAAAUAUCAAAGCAAAAAAGAUAAACAAUAAGAAAAAUGAAGGAAACAUUUAUAUAAAUGAGAAGAGUGAUCAUAAUGAUAAUACAAAUUUAUGCAGUAUUAAUUUAAGCAAAUUAAAUAUUGAUAUUAAUAAUAAUAUCAAUGCAAAUAAGUUAAAUAAAAAUAUAAAUCACUCAAAGAAAUAUCUAGAUAAUGAUAUAACAUUAAAAAAAGAAAAGGAAAUGAAACUUUUAGAUUAUGAAAAAAAAAGUAUUAAUCAAUAUAAAGUAUCCAGUGAUGUUAACUAUGAGAAUUUUAAUUUGGAUGAACAUUUUUGCAAAUCAUUAAAAUUUAUGAAAUUUGAAGUGUUAAGAAAUGAAAGAUAUACUAAUAAAUCAUAUUAUCAAGAUGUUAGAUAUAUUAAUUUAAGGUCCUCACACAACUUUAAUGUUAGUAGUUUAAUAAAGGUUCAUCCUUUUUUAGAAGAAAAUAGAACAAAAGAAAUUUUAAAUUUAUUAAAAAUUAAUUACAAUGAUUAUAUAGUUAUUGAGAAUAAUUGCGUAAGCAAUUUAAGAAAUACAUAUAUUCCUUUUAAUAAAAAAAUUAGAGUAUUAGAUUUAUUCAUAUAUUUUCUAGAUCUCAGUAAAAUUGUUACACCAUUUUUCUUUUUUUAUUUAAGCAAAAAAACGGAAAGUGAAAUUCACAGAAAGAAGUUUUUAGAGUUGGCAGACACUGUUAAUAUAUCAGAUUAUUACUCAUAUAUAUAUCAAGAUAAAAGAUCUUAUUAUGAUAUUUUUUAUGAUUUUUAUAGUUAUGUAAGUGUGGAUAUAGGCUUUCUUAUUAACACAUUACCGCAUAUACAAGAAAGGAGUUAUUCAAUUUUGAAUACAUUAACAUCAUAUAACUUAUUAAAAAAUUUCAAUAUUUAUAACUUGUAUUAUUUUAGCAUUCAUCCUUCGUUUUCAUCCUUUAUUCAUUUUCUGAAAAAUAUUUACAUAAAGAACAUAUUAAAUUUUUUUUCCUUUUGUAGAGAAGUAUAUAAAUUAAAAUAUUCUUAUUUAAUAAAGAAUAAAAUAAAUCAAAAUAAAUAUAAUAUAAUUGAAUUGCUAGUAUGCUUAUAUGAAUAUGAAAUAAAUAAGAAUAAAAAAUUAAAAGGAUUAUGUUCCAAUUAUUUAAUUAAUUUGAAUCCAGGAUCUUUUAUAUAUUCAAAAAUUGAAAAUAGCUUAAUAUUCAUGAAUAAAAACAUAUUUAAUUUAAAUUAUAGAAUUAUUUACAUUUGCACAGGUGUUGCUUUUAGUAGUCUGUUAUCUGUUAUUCGACAUCGCCAUUAUUUGUAUAAAAACCAAGAAAGAAUAAAUAAAAAAAAAAAAAUUUCUAAUUAUGCAGAAAAAGAUUUAGUAUUUUUAGGUUUUAGAUAUAAAUUGCAAGAUUUUUAUUUUCAGGAAGAGCUAUUAGAUUAUUUGUAUUUUAAUUAUAUAUAUGUGGCAUUUUCAAGAGAUGUGGAAAAUUUCUUUUUUUAUAACAAAGAAUUAUUAAACAAUUCUGAUAAUAAUGAUGAUUAUUUACAACCAAGAGAAAAUCACGAAUUAGUAAAUUUUAAUAUAGAUUAUGAUGAAAUGAAAAAAGCUUUGAAAAAAAAAAAAAAAAUUUAUGUAACUGAUAUAAUAUUAAUGUUUCAAAAUGAUAUAUAUGAUUUAAUAAAAAAAAAAAAUACUAUAAUAUUAAUUGCAGGAAAAUCUCGCCCAUUUUCACAAAAUUUAAUUAAAACGUUCGCUAGUAUUAUAAAACAAAAAGAGCAAAAUAAAACAAUGGAAGAAAUCAAUUUAUUUUUAAAAAAAAAAAUUGAUGACUUCUCAAUUAUAUUAGAAUCUUGGUAUUAA